AUGGAAGCUACGGGGCGGGGCCAGACGGAGCCCGGAAGGAGCCGGAGGAAGAUCCGAGUGUUUGCGGCCGUGCUGCCCCACCCCUGGUCCCGGCGCGCGUAGAGGGGCCCGGCCGGGCUGCUGCUAGGGCCCCAGGAGGUUGAAAGCUAAGCAUGGGGAAGAGCUGCAAGGUGGUCGUGUGUGGCCAGGCUUCUGUGGGCAAAACGUCAAUUCUGGAGCAGCUUCUGUACGGAAACCACGUAGUGGGUUCUGAGAUGAUUGAGACGCAGGAGGACAUCUACGUGGGCUCCAUUGAGACUGACCGGGGGGUGCGGGAGCAGGUGCGUUUCUACGACACCCGGGGGCUCCGAGAUGGGGCUGAGUUGCCCCGGCACUGCUUCUCCUGCACUGACGGCUACGUCCUAGUCUACAGCACGGACAGCCGAGAGUCCUUUCAGCGCGUGGAGCUGCUCAAGAAGGAGAUUGACAAAUCCAAAGACAAGAAGGAGGUCACCAUCGUGGUCCUCGGCAACAAGUGUGACCUGCAGGAGCAGCGGCGUGUAGACCCGGAUGUGGCUCAGCACUGGGCCAAGUCAGAGAAGGUGAAGCUUUGGGAGGUGUCAGUGGCUGACCGCCGUUCACUGCUGGAGCCCUUCGUCUACCUGGCCAGCAGGAUGACCCAGCCCCAGAGCAAGUCUGCCUUCCCCCUCAGCCGCAAGAACAAGGGCAGCGGCUCCUUGGAUGGCUGAAGAGCUGCCUUGCCAGCUCUGGAAGAUGGGUUGAGGGGAAAGGGAGGGGGGGUUUUAGGCAAGCUGUCCUUCCCAGUCAAGGGGGGAGCUCCCCACUAGGCCAGGCAGCUGGGCUGUCCCAGGCUCAGGUCACU